UUUCAUAUUUUGUUCUACGAGAGGAAACAGAGAGAAACAAACAGAGAGGGUGUAUCGACGGUGAUGGAGAUGAGAGACAUCGACGACCUUCCAAAGAACGCCGCCAACUACACGGCCUUGACGCCGUUAUGGUUCUUGGAACGAGCCGCUACGGUUCAUCCGACGAGAAAAGCGGUGGUCCAUGGAUCUCGAACGUACACCUGGCUCCAAACUUACCAGCGCUGCUGUCUCUUGGCCUCAGCUCUUUCUAAACGUUCCAUCGGCGUCGGUAGCUCGGUAGCUACAAUUGCUCCAAAUGUUCCUGCUUUAUAUGAAGCUCAUUUUGGGAUUCCAAUGUCUGGUGCUGUUAUAAACACUGUCAAUAGUCGCCUAAAUGCCUCAACCAUUGCUUUCCUUUUAGGUCAUUCACAAUCCACCAUCGUCAUCGUGGAUCAAGAGUUUUUCAAGUUGGCAGAGGAUGCUUUGAAAAUCAUGAAGGAGAAAAGCCAAGGUGAUUUCAAGCCUCCACUCUUUAUAGUCGUUGCUGAUGAAAGCUGCGAUCCAAAAACACUUACGUAUGCUUUGGGACGAGGAGCCAUCGAGUAUGAGAAGUUCUUAGAAAGUGGUGACCCGGACUUUGCGUGGAAGCCUCCUCAGGAUGAGUGGCAGAGCAUUGCUUUGGGCUAUACUUCUGGCACGACAGCCAGUCCGAAAGGGGUGGUAUUACAUCACCGAGGGGCAUAUCUAAUGGCUUUGAGUAAUCCACUUAUAUGGGGUAUGAAUGAAGGAGCUACAUACUUAUGGACUCUACCAAUGUUCCAUUGUAACGGUUGGUGUUUCACUUGGACACUGGCAGCUCUUUGCGGAACAAACAUAUGCCUCCGACAGGUAACAGCAAAGGGAAUCUACGCAGCCAUCUCAAAGUAUAGCGUGACUCACUUCUGUGCUGCACCAGUGGUUCUCAAUUCCAUAGUUAAUGCCCCACCCGAGGACACAAUUCUGCCUCUCCCACAUGUCGUUCGUGUAAUGACGGCUGGUGCAGCCCCACCUCCUUCUGUUCUUGCUGCGAUGUCUCAGAAAGGUUUUCGAGUGACCCACACCUACGGUCUCUCGGAAACCUAUGGUCCAUCUACAGUGUGUGCAUGGAAGCCUGAAUGGGACUCGCUUCCGCUUGAAACUCAAGCUCGUCUAAACGCACGUCAAGGUGUCCGAUACAUUGGUUUAGAGGGCCUAGAUGUCAUCAGUACUCAAACUGGUCAGUCCGUUCCCGCUGAUGGAAAAACAAUCGGUGAAAUAGUUUUUCGAGGUAAUCUCGUGAUGAAAGGCUACUUAAAGAACACAAAAGCCAACGAGGAAACAUUUGCUAACGGCUGGUUUCACUCUGGGGAUCUUGGUGUGAAACAUCCAGAUGGUUAUAUCGAAGUAAAAGAUAGGUCAAAGGACAUAAUCAUAUCCGGAGGUGAAAACAUCAGCAGCGUGGAGGUGGAAAACGGACUCUAUAUGCACCCUGCAGUAUUGGAGGUAUCGGUGGUGGCAAGGGCUGAUGAGCGAUGGGGGGAGUCACCUUGUGCUUUUGUGACCUUGAAGCCUGGGGUCGAUAAAUCGAACAAAAAGCAGUUAGCGGAGGACAUAAUGAAGUUCUGCAGGUCCAAGAUGCCUGCAUACUGGGUUCCGAAAUCAGUGAUAUUUGGUCCGUUGCCAAAGACAUCUACCGGCAAGAUUCAGAAGCAUGUGUUAAGAGCCAAGGCAAAAAAGUUGGGAUCCGUCAAGCUGAGCAAGUUGUAAUUUGGUAAGUUGAAAACUAAAUUAUGAGGCAUCAAAUAACAACAAUAAUUAUAUAAAGCAAGGGAUUGCUUUGAUAGCUGUUGUAAUUUAUUAAUAA